UGGGUACGUUCAGGCACUUCGACUUGUAGCGACUUGUAGCAAAACAACCUUGUAGCGAAACAACCGGCUACCGAGGGAGAGGCUCGUCAAUUGGAAAUCAAACUCGCUAAUUGAAAUUCCGCCUCUAAGAGAUUAAGAAAACAUAUUAAAAGAAGGAACGCGUAGAGUGACUCUUAAACAACAGGAAUGAGUUCAAUGGAGCGCGUAAAGAUUGUCACGUUUUGUUGGAAUUAGACGAGGAAAAGAAUACAUCGUAUCAAUGGUUCGAUGUCCAGGACUGUCAAUUCUUCGAAUGUAGAAUUAGAGUACAAGAAACGUAAAUUUUUGGAAGGAAAAGUUCGCUAUUUCAAGAUAUUAAUAAAGGUGUCGCUUUAGGCGACGCCAGUAGGGAACUUUACACGCCACCGACUUUAUUUGCAUACGCAGUUACUUCGGGUUUGCCGUAAUACAAUGAUCAGAAUUCAUGGAAAAAGAGUUUUGACGGUUUUAGCUUUUGUGAUGGCAAUUUGUGUAUCUUUCCAGUUAGGUCUUAUAUGGAGUACUCGUUCCUCCUUUUUUGACAUUGUUCGUGAACAACAAGAUGUCGAAAGCCAUGUGCAGCGGUUGCAAUUACGGGAACUGAAAAUUAAUCGCACGACAACUUCUACUUCUCAAGUUAAUUACAAAUCAUUUCUUAUAACCAGGAGAUCUUGUAUGCAACAUUACGAUCUUCUUAUGAUUAUCUCCUCCGCUCCAGGUAAUUUUGAAAGAAGGAAUAACAUUCGUAAGACAUGGGCAUUCGAAAGAUCCGCAAAACCAAGAUGGACGUCAGUUUUUCUGGUCGCCCAAACACGGAAUGAAACAGUUUCGAACGGGUUGCUUGACGAAGAUGAAGCUCUUAAGGACCUUGUACGAGCCAGCUAUUAUGACCACUACUGGAAUCAAACCCGAAAGAUACAAAUGGGCUUCGAGUGGGCAAUAACGUAUUGCAAUUUUUCGUUUCUUUUGAAAUUGGAUGACGACGUUUUCGUGCACGUUCCAAGAGUUCUCUCCUUCUUAAGCGCACCCACCACGCCGAAGAAGAUGUUUUAUGCUGGCCGUCGUUAUGCAAACAAGGGCCCCCGUAGGAAAGGCAAAUGGAUGGUAACUUACGAGGAAUAUAACGAGACAAGAUAUCCAGAUUUUUGCCCCGGUUUUGGAUACAUUUUAUCUCACGAUGUUGUACGUGCAUUUGUUGACACUUUCUCUUCUUUGCCGUUCUUCAGACUAGACGAUGUUUACGUUGGCAUGCUGGCGAGUAAGAACGGAAUAAGUAUCACAAACAAGGUGGGUUUUGAACUAUGGCAUCCGCCUCAAUAUGUAUGUGUUCCAAUAAAGAAUACUUUAGUCAGGCAUGAUGUAGGGGAAGAGUGCCAACUGAAAAUGUUUAACUUAACCAUUUUUCCUCGGUAGUUCGAUAGCGUGGUCAGUACAUACGUAUAUUUAGAUAAAUUCUUCAGUGAGUGACGUUUCUCUGUUCAAUAUUCGUUGUACAUUUGAGUGCAGCUAUUUAAAGCUAUUUUUUGUUUUGAAUGUGCGUUGCUCGAAGAGUCAGAAUCAGGGCACUGGAUAGUACAACAUUUACCGACAAUCAGGUUGAGUGUCAGAGCAAGUUGUAUAUCUGUCACUAUUUACAGUAGAUAUCAAGAAACGAUUAUCACAGCUUAUUAUUUUAUCAAACUUUGCCUAUUGUUUAUUUAAGUCGUCGUCAAGGAAAAUAAUUAAUACUUAGAAUACAGCUUGUUGUAUUAUAUCCGUGUAAGUUUAUGAUUUAGCUCAUGUUUUAGCAAGCAAGCGGCGGUGAGAAGCUAGAAGCGAUGAGAACGGGUGGUUGCUAUGCAUUAUCUCAGUUUAAUAUGCCUUAUGCGUUAUGUUUCUUUAAAAAUGACUUCUGUUUAAAUUUACCUCGUGUAUGGCUUAAUAAUUAUUUAACCAAUUGCGCCUAGAUCUACGUUGAUCGGCAAGAAGACUAUUUUGUCUUUUGCACCUUUUCACGUUUAAAUGAUUUAAUGAUUUGAUAAUCGCUAAUUGUUCCACUGCUAACAUAAGAAAAGAAAAGAAAAGAAAAAAAUAGAAUGAAGACACCGCUCGAUGUCGAGAGUGCGUGAAAAGGUGGGUUUACUUAGACUAUUGUCAGGCUUCGCGUUUUUGUUUUUUGGUCUAUUGAAGCAAGCAAACAUCGCUGUUGAAGGCAAAACAAAAGGUGCGAAUUUUGCGGUUUCGCACCUUUUUCCGUUUCAGUGAUUUUAUUCACCGAUUAGCCAAAAAUUCUCAAACAAAAAUCUUUAUCGUCGCAUUGGGUGAGUGAAAAUAAAAUAGUCUCCGAUUUUUUUUCUCUUCAAAGACCGCGCAGCCCUGUCCACGUCCCAAUAGCUUUUGCGGCUGACGUUAAAUUUCACGGUGCUCUUUACAGGGUUAACUUCAAGGCGACUUUGGGCAACUUCGAGUCUUAGAAGCUGAAGUUCCUGGCGAAGCUGGAAAACUUCAAGUCUUCUCUCUGUCAAUUCCGCCGCCUGGUUAAUAAUCUUAACAUCUUCCAUUUUUUCAGCUCGUAGGUGCUCAUUCUCAGCGCGCAAAUGGCGAAUACACUGUUCCUUGAUGGCAGACUGCUCUACCUCAAAAUGACUCGGUCCGCGUCUGUAGAGGACGUUUGGCGCCUUCUCUAUCUUAAACUUGGAAAACAUUUUCAAGAAAACUUUUUUUUCGACGAUCUCUUCUAAUGACACGAGCGAAAUGAUUGUUGUCAGGUGACAAUAGCGAAAUGAUCGUUGUCAAGUGCACGCGGUUUAUUACCAUAUACUCCAUUAGCAUGACAACAAGAAAACAAUGGUGUCGACUGAGCGCGAAUUUCAAAGACGUUCAGCCGCUCAAAACAUGUUAACUUUUGACGAUUAAGAGACAAAGACGAGAAAACAAUACACAACUGACCACGAAAGCGUUGCACCUUUAUCUUUAAUCUUUAUCCCUUUCGCUCCCACAAGUGACCAAGACAGAAUUUCUCCUUACAAUAUCAAUACAAUGUCAAGCAGGUAGGUGAUGGGAAUAGAGAAGAAUAUCAAUUAUGGGAUUAUUAGUUGAUCCAAUACCAAAUUCUCUGAACUAACAUCAUAAGAAUUGUACGGCAUAUAGUAAGGAGAACUCCUAAUUAGAUCUUGGGAGUGAAAGGGUUAACUGACCCUCUCUCUCUGUUCCAAAUACUUAAAA